AUGACUAGAGAAAAAGAUCACGCCCAGUCCAGAUCCAAAUAUGCCGAGUUUCCGUCUUUGAGGGACUGUCACCAGAAGCUCGAGAAGAGGGACGCUGAAGAUUUGGCUGCCUUACGCAAGGAGAUCAACGUUGCAGAUUCACAUUGGCUCUCUUCAGCCGAAGGGUUCGCUACCACCCUGCUUCAGGUUGUUGCCGAGCUGCUGCAACAGGACAAAGACCGUCGCCUGGCUGCGUCUGUCUCCAAGCCUAGCUCCACCGACGGUCUCGAGGUUCGACUCAACUCCCGGCUUGAUGCGCUUGGCAAACAGCACAAAGAAGAGGUGGCAAAACAACAAAAACAGAUAGAAGAUCUUCAAAAGGGACUGUCCACAGGAAUAGCUCAGCGUAAGAUACUGGGCAUCGAGAACGAUUCCCUCAAGAAGAAGAUUCAAGAACUGCAAAGCCAAAAGCAAUCCCUGGUGAGAAAGGUUGACGAGCAUGGCACGUUGAUCAAGCAGUUGCAAGAAGAGAAAUCAAAGGAGACGCCGCUGCCGCCAGCACCGCAAGAAGCCACUGUCACCGCGGAAGAUCUGAAAGAAGUCAAGACCAUAGCUGACCGAUGCCGAAGCGGAUUGGCCGAUCUUGAGGCAACGGUAACGGGACAUGACCAGAAACUUGGCGAGAUAGAUGUCGAUCUGAUCACCGAUGGCUGCGUUACUAUCGCGGCCACGCUGCCACGACUCGAACAGCACGCCAAGAGGGCUGCAGAUGAUAUCUCCGGGCUUCGCUCAGACCACGACAGGCUCAGGUUGGAUAACGAGAAACUCCGGUCGAACGCAGACAUACUCCAGUCCAGUGUCCAGCAGCUUCAGUCGGGCACACAGCAACUACGGUCCGACGCCUUCGGAGUCCAGUCGAGUGUGGAGCAGCUCAAGUCUGUAACCGACCAACUCAAGCACGACACAGAAAGCCUGAAGACGGACACGCUGGACCUCAAGACAAACACACAGGACCUCAGGACAGACACGAAGGGACUCAAGUCAGACACUGAACACUUAAAAGCAGCUGCCGAGCAGCUUAAAUGUGAGACGACGCAGCUACGCUCGAGCUCGGGGGAAACGCAGCUAGCUCUAGAGGAGCUACAAUCUACAACACCGAGACUGCCGGCAGGGGACUCGUUCCUCUCUGUAAAGACCUUUACCACUAUGAACACUGCCGUCCUUCAGAAAUUCAGUAGUUGGGUUGAUGAUUUGAAGAGACGGGUCGACGUCAUAGAGGGCCAAAUACCAACACUGCAGACCACGUCGAAGCAGCAAAGCGAUCACUCGUCCCGGAUCAAGGCCAUAGAAGAUCAAGUUAAGACGCUCGAGAAAGAGUCGGACCAAAAGACGAUUCCUAGCUCGGAAACCAGUCGCGUAACCACACCUGCUCCUGAUAAUAAGAACGUUCAGCUCGAGGGGAAGUGGAAGGAGCAUGACAUGCGCCUCAAGACGCUCGAGGCGAAUUCUAGGAAGAGCCCGUAUCGAUCUGACAGCGCCUCUUUCGAACCGACGGAUGCUAAAGAUGCACUUGUCCAGAGGCGCACGCCGAUUGAGUCGAUGAAGGCUGCGAUCGAGGCGCUGAGGGAUCAGGUGGCGAUAGCGGACCAAAGCAUCAAAGCCCUAUCGGAAUCGGCCAAACUGGCGAGCGCUGGCCAGGCAUCACACACUAAACGGUUCGGCCAGCUGGAGAAUGAGCUGUUCUCGACAGGAAGGCGAUUAAUGACGGCAGAGGAUGCGCUGCGAGCGACUGAGAAAAAAAUAGAGAGGAAACUGGACUUCAUGCAGCAGAACUUUACGACUCUCGACUCACAGAUGAACAACCUGUCAUUGGAAACCCUUUUCCAGGCUAUCAUUCAAUACAUGGGCACCUUCCAACCUGGUGAGGCAGUUGUUGGGCCCAAGGUCGAGAGAGUGGUUCAACAGGUGACGGCGCAAGAGUUUAGACUGGCGGCCCUGGAGCGGGCAGUAACUUCGAGCGAAGAGCCAGCAAACAAGAAACGGAAGAUAAGCCCUAACUUGGGGCAUGCGGGCAUAACGAACGGCAGGCACUGA